AUGCAGGGAACAAGAAUCCAAGCUACCGUCAAACAUGGCCUAAUGCAGCAGUACGAUGCCUUGCUGGAGGAAGGGGGUCCGUGUUCUGUCAAGGUUCGGUGUUCUGGAAAACCAAGAUACGUUCCUGUUGACACGACACCCUUUCAAAAUUCACUUUUGCCGUUACACAGCGGAAUGAAGAUAAAGUGUGCUCUUUGGGGUGAGCAUGCAACCAAACUGGACGCGUUUCUAUCAAAUCCCGAAAGAAAUGAUGGACGUGUCAUCAUGCCGGUCCAAUUUGCAAAACUCGGUAAGUGCGACCGUAUGUAUAUUACAGAACGAUAUGUUACACCUAAUUACAAAGGUGGCUCUAAAGUUUGGAUUGAUGAAGAUUUGCCUGCAUUUGCUGAGUUCACAGAGAGGUUGUUCAGUAUCAAUGUUGCCCCAAAUACUAGGAGAUUUCUGUCAUCAACCUCUGUCUACUUGAGUGAUGACUAUUGGGAACAGUUUCAAUUCAAGAACAUUGAUGAGCUGAUGGACAUCAAAGAGGCUAUUGGAUGCAUUGUUGUGGGUACUAUUAUCAACAUUGACACCGAAAAAGGUUGGUUCUACUAUGCUUGCAGCAAAUGUACGAAAAAGGUUGAUCGUCUUGAUCAACCAUUGCACGAUAAUACUGAUCAUGAGGGUAUUGCAAGCUUUGUAUGUGGCAAAUGCGGUUUCAUAACUGAUGUGUAUCCUAAAAUCUUGGUUCAAGUUCGUGUUCAAGAUACUACGGGAAACAUCUCAUUAGCCAUACGUGAGCGUGAUGUUACAGGUUACAUCCAUAAGCCGGCUUCCAAUUUUAUCACUAAUGCUACGAAUGGCGAACACUCAAAGAUGUUCCCAGUUUAUUUUAACGUUUUUCUCGAAAAACGAUUUGCUUGGAGAAUCAACAUAUCAAAAUACAACAUCGAGAACAAGUCUGAUUUGUACACAGUUGACAAGUUCUCAGAUAAUGUUAGUGUUAUAGAGGCUAUACUCCAUAAGGCAGCAGGUGCUAAGGAUGGCUCAUCUGAUGUUGAUCUCCAAGUGUUAAAUGAACUGCCAUCAACUAUUGGGCUUAAUAGAGAGGAUGUUGUGUUCGGGACCAGUAAUACGGCCCGUACUGCCUCAAGUUCAGGUUCUAAGAAAGUGGUUGAACAUGAAGAUGAUGUUCAUAAAAUGAAAGUUCCAAAGCUACAAAAAUAA